AUGCCGCACGAGGAGACCUCGGCGGCGGUAGCCAGCAUACUAUCCAAUUUCGCGAAACAAUACCAGCCGCUCGAAUCCGAUUCUUUCCCUGCCUCCGCGAUCGCCAAUGGGAUCAAGGCCAACCGCAUUACCUUGCCCGGCGAUGAUACGGUCGAGAAGCGCACGCUGGAGCGUGAGCUAACGUCUCUUGCUACGCGCAUCCAGUUCCUCGAGGCCAGAGCCACCAGUGGCAUCAGCUCAUUACCCAUCACUCCCAACGAACCUUCAUCUUCAGUCUUCCCGUCAGACGGCCCUGCGUCACCGCGCACGUCUGCAGCCCUCAAUCCUCGACAACGGUCAGCGUCAUGGGUUAAUAGCCUUCUCGCCAAGAGUGAUGGGGAACCUGCCUCGCGCCAGCUCACUGAAGAGCAAUUUUCGUUUUUACGAGAGCACAUCGACCAGCAGGCGCAAGAGAUCAAGAGCCAGAAAGACUUUAUCGACAGCAUCAAGUCACAACUUACACACCAACAAAGCGCAACCAAGGCCGCGCUCGACACCCUGGGCAACUCUCAGUCUAUAGACCAGCUGAAACGCGAGAUCGAGAAGAAUGCACAAAUCAACGCAACGUACCAGAAGGUGCUGCGAGAAAUCGGCACAAUCAUCACCGCAGUCGCGAAUGGAGAUCUCAGCAAAAAGGUUCUCAUUCAUGCCACCGAGAAAGACCCGGAAAUUGCUCGGUUUAAGCAUACCAUCAAUACCAUGGUGGACCAGCUGCAGGAAUUCGCCAGUCAAGUCACCCACCUGGCCAAGGAGGUCGGUACAGAAGGUCGCUUGGGCGGUCAGGCUAUUGUACCGGGUGUGGAUGGUAUCUGGGCUGAGCUCACGCAGAACGUGAAUGUCAUGGCUCAGAACCUCACAGACCAAGUACGAGAAAUCGCCGUGGUGACGACCGCAGUCGCGCAAGGUGACCUCAGCCGCAAGAUUCAAAGACCUGCACGAGGCGAGAUCCUUCAGCUCCAGCAGACGAUUAAUGAGAUGGUUGGGCAGUUGCGGACUUUCGCUACAGAAGUAACAAGAGUUUCAAGAGACGUCGGGACAGAAGGUGUUCUUGGUGGCCAGGCACAGAUUGAAGGCGUACAGGGAAUGUGGAACGACCUGACUGUCAACGUCAACGCUAUGGCUAACAAUCUUACUGCACAAGUGCGAGAUAUCGCCGAAGUGACGACUGCUGUCGCACAGGGUGAUCUCACGAGACAAGUAAAGGCACACUGCAAAGGCGAAAUCUUGGCGCUCAAGACCACAGUCAAUUCCAUGGUGCAACAAUUACGACAGUUUGCUCACGAAGUCACGAAGAUUGCUCGAGAAGUCGGAACCGAAGGACGACUCGGCGGCCAGGCGACUGUGCAUGGCGUAGAGGGGACUUGGAAAGAUCUGACAGAAAACGUGAACGGCAUGGCCAUGAAUCUGACAACCCAAGUGCGCGAGAUUGCAGAAGUCACCACAGCUGUGGCUCAGGGUGAUCUUACCAAAAAGGUUGAAGCCGAGGUGCAGGGCGAGAUUCUUGCACUGAAGAAUACCAUCAACACCAUGGUGGACCGCCUAGGGACGUUUGCGUUCGAAGUUAGCAAAGUCGCCCGAGAAGUCGGAACAGAGGGCGUGCUUGGCGGACAAGCAGAAGUCAAGAACGUCGAGGGCAAAUGGAAAGAUCUGACCGCGAAUGUGAACACGAUGGCGAAUAACUUGACGGGUCAAGUACGCAGUAUCUCGGACGUUAUCCAAGCCAUUGCACGAGGGGACAUGAGCCAAAGGAUUAAGGUCCACGCACAGGGAGAGAUCCAGACACUCAAGGACACAAUCAACGACAUGGUGACACGUCUCGACGCAUGGUCUCUUGCCGUGAAACGAGUGGCACGAGAUGUGGGUGUCGAUGGCAAGAUGGGUGGGCAAGCCGAAGUCGAGGGCAUCACCGGUCGUUGGAAAGAGAUUACGACAGAUGUCAACAUCAUGGCCCAGAACUUGACUUCUCAAGUGCGUGCCUUUGCGGACAUCACACACGCCGCGAUGAAGGGCGACUUCACCAAGAUGAUCAACGUUGAGGCGUCUGGCGAAAUGAACGAGCUCAAGAACAAGAUCAACAAGAUGGUGCUGAACUUGCGAGAAAGUAUCCAGAAGAACAAUCAGGCAAGAGAGGCGGCCGAGUUGGCGAACAAAACUAAGUCGGAAUUCCUGGCGAACAUGUCUCACGAGAUUCGAACGCCUAUGAACGGCAUAAUUGGAAUGACGCAACUCACUCUUGACACUGAGCUGGAGCAGAACCAGCGGGACAUGUUGAACAUCGUCUUUUCGCUCGCGAACAGCUUAUUGACCAUCAUUGACGACAUUCUUGAUAUCUCCAAGAUUGAAGCCAACCGGAUGAUCUUGGAAGAAGAGCCAUUCUCGCUGAGAGGCUUGGUAUUUAACAGUCUCAAAUCUCUCGCUGUGCGGGCGAAUGAGAAGGACAUCAGCUUGAUCUACGACACCGACAGUUCUGUCCCCGACUAUGUGGUGGGUGACUCGUUCCGUCUGCGGCAGAUCAUUUUGAAUUUGGCUGGAAACGCUAUCAAGUUCACGGAACACGGAGAAGUUCGCGUCAGGAUCUUCUCAGACCACAGCGUCGUGUGUGGUGAAGGCGAGGUCGUGGUCAAAUUUGCCGUCUCUGACACGGGCAUCGGCAUUCACUCCAACAAGCUCGACCUCAUCUUCGAUACUUUCCAGCAAGCUGAUGGAUCGACGACUCGCAAGUUUGGCGGUACCGGCUUGGGUCUGUCAAUCUCACGGCGACUGGUCACGCUGAUGCGUGGUAAGAUGUGGGUUGAGUCAACGUACGGCCAAGGCAGUACGUUCUUCUUCACCUGCGUUGUGCGGCUGGGUCCGCACGAUCCACAAAGGGUUAUGCCACAAUUGCAGCAAUACCGCAGACACAAGGUCCUUUUCGUCGACAAUGGAUUCACCGAUGAGCCUGACGACGUCGCCGAGAACAUCAAGGCACUGGAUCUGGUCCCUGUCGUUGUUGGCAAUGGCCGGACAGCACCAGCUGAGCUCGAUCCGAACGAUUCGUAUGACUGCGUCAUUGUCGACAACAGUGAGACGGCUCAGAAGCUGCGCAGCCUGGAGCGUUUCAAAUACAUCCCAAUCGUCAUGUUGGCGCCCCAAAUAUCAGUCAACUUCAAGACGGCGUUGGAGAAUGGUAUUUCGAGCUACAUGACCACGCCGUGCUUACCAAUUGACCUUGGUAACGCGCUGAUUCCGGCACUGGAAGGACGAGCGGCGCCAAUAUCAGCUGACCACUCUCGAACCUUUGACAUUCUCUUGGCAGAGGACAAUGCGGUCAACCAAAAAUUGGCCGUCAAGAUACUGACGAAACACAACCACAAGGUCACCGUUGCCAAUAACGGGUUGGAAGCCUUCGAGGCCAUCAAGAAGAAGCGAUUCGACGUCGUUCUCAUGGACGUGCAGAUGCCCGUCAUGGGAGGAUUCGAGGCCACCGCCAACAUCCGCGAAUACGAAAAGGCACAUGAGCUGGCAAGGUCUCCCAUUGUAGCGCUCACCGCGCAUGCUAUGCUUGGCGAUCGGGAGAAGUGCAUCCAGGCGCAGAUGGAUGAAUACCUCUCGAAGCCAUUGAAACCAAACCAGCUCAUUCAGACCAUUCUGAAAUGUGCUACGCUAGGCGGUGCGUUACUCGAAAGGAAAAACGACGGGCGAAGCAGCCUACACAUCGAGGAAGAGAAGAAUUCUGAUACUAGCCCAGAUCACAACAGGUUAACGACUCCCAAACGGCCAGGCAUGGAAGGCAGAGGAUACACGGAGAACGGGCCCUCUGGUCUGGAAAGUCCCGCCAUCGUUACUGCCGAGCAGGAAGAUCCUAUGUCAAGAGUAAGGCCUUUCUAA